CGUCGGAAGGUUUGACUAUAGAAGUCUGCUCUUAGUUUGCACGUCACCUUCUCAAAUAUUUUGGACUGGUUGGUCUAAGGCACUUGUUUAGCUGAGGAGGAAUAAGGAUUGAUCUCAAGCUGAUUAGUAGCUCCCUGGAACCUGAGAUGGGAGGGGCUUCUAAAGCUGGAAUGGAGAAGAGGGAUGGCUGCGGAAACUUCAGCCCUGGCGUGGUCCUCAUCGCCUGCAUCACGACUCUGCCGCUCUUGGUGCUUGCAGUCGGAGCUUAUCAAAGCCGGUCGCUGGAUUGGCUUCAUGCAGUUGGACUGGUAUCACUGAAAGGUUCAGAAGAUGAUUCCUUUGUGUCCACUCCUGCACCGGUGGACAAACUUCUUGGUGGAUUGCUGGCUCCUGGUUUUGACGAAGAGUCCUGUUUAAGCCGAUAUCAGUCUGCGUUGUACCGAAAAGCUUCGCCCCACCUACCUUCCCGUUAUCUCUUGGCAAGGCUAAGAAAGUACGAAGCCCAACAUAAAAAAUGUGGCCCAGGCACUGAUCCAUACAAGAAAGCCAUAGAGCAGUUCAAGUCUAAUCACAGCAUGGGGCCUAUGGAGUGCAACUACGUCGUGUGGACACCAUACAAUGGCCUGGGGAAUAGAAUGCUAACUAUCGCUUCAACAUUCCUCUAUGCUCUUCUCAACAACAGGAUUUUACUGAUCCACGCACCUAGUGACUUGGAUGAUCUUUUCUGCGAACCGUUUUCUAAGACCUCAUGGGUUCUACCGUCCGAUUUCCCGAUCAUCGAUCGGUUAAGCAGCUUCGACAUUCACACUCCUCAAAGCUAUGCAAACAUGCUAGCAAAAAAGGUGAUCGAUAAGCAUUCGAAUGGUUCACUACCUGCAUAUGUGUAUCUACAUCUGACCCAUGACUACAGUGAACUAGAUAAGCUCUUCUUUUGUGAAGAUGAUCAGUUAUUUCUUAAAAAGUUCCCUUGGCUGGUGCUGAAAUCGGACAACUACUUCAUUCCAGCUCUAUUUCUGGUCCCAGAGUAUGAAGAAGAGCUGCGCCGGCUCUUUCCUUCGAGGGAGACAGUUUCCCAUCAUCUGGGAAGGUAUCUUUUCCACCCCACCAACGCAGUGUGGGGGAUGAUAACAAGGUAUUAUGAGGCUUAUCUAGCCAAGGCUGAAGAGAAGAUGGGCAUUCAGAUCAGAAUUUUCCCAUUUGCGCACAUUUCUUCAGAGAAUUUGUUAGCUCAGAUUCUUAACUGCUCUAGAAAUGAAAAUUUGUUGCCUGAGAUUAGUGUUGAAGGAUCAUCAACUACCAAAGCAGUAAGAUCAAAAUCAGUUCUUGUGGCUUCCUUGUACACUGGAUACGCUGACAAGAUCAGGGACAUGUACUACGAGCAUGCGGCUACUACUGGAGAGAUCAUCAGCGUCUUCCAACCAAGCCAUGAAGAGAAACAGCACACAGAGAAGCAAGCACACAACCAGAAAGCAUUGGCAGAGAUAUACCUCUUGAGCUUUAGUGAUGUCUUGGUAACAAGUUCCUGGUCUACAUUCGGGUACAUGGCUCAAGGUCUUGGUGGUGUGAAGCCAUAUAUUUUGGCAUUUCCAGAGGAUGGGAAGGCACCAAACCCUCCGUGCCGUCGAGCCAUGUCGAUGGAGCCUUGCUUUCAUUCUCCUCCUACUUAUGAUUGCAAAGCAAGGAAGAAUGUCGACAAGGGGGCGCUAGGCCGACAUGUAAGGCAUUGCGAAGAUGUAAGCAGAGGCCUUAAGCUGUUUGAUUAGGCUGGAUGGCCGUGUUUGCAAUAUUUGCAUUCUUUUGUUUAUGCAUCAAAGUUGGUCAGCAGAGAUCACUACAAUGGCAGGAUAAUGUACAAGGAACUUUCACAUAUGUUUACUGAUGUUAAAGCACAUAAUCUACUAGGCUCCAUUUCAACAAUAUUUGCCUCUAACUAAAUAUUGCUUUGACAUUA